UCGUUCAAUCCGAAGUAGGCAAUCAUUCGACGACGGACACAGUUUCUUGUAGUCAGUAUAGGUAGAAUUCCAAGAGAGAAACAUGAUUGCUAUUACAUUUAUCUUUGUCCUCGCUUUAGAAGCCUAUAGCGAUUUCGUCGUUGCCGAGAAAGUAUACAAUUCACCAUGGCAUUUCAAGUGCAACAGUGGAUAUUGUGUAAAAGAAGAGAUCACAGAAGAAGUAUCAUCUCCAAUGUCUUUAAAAGUUUGUCAAUUAUUAUGUGGUGAUAAUGGUUUUUUAUGGCCAAAACCAACAGGACAUUUGUCCUUGGGCAGUUCAGUGUUGCCUCUUAAUAUCAAUGAUAUCAAAAUAAAUGGUAUAAAUCCGAAUACGAAAGUAGGUAAUCUCUUGCAAGAGAACAUUGACAUAUUCAAAGAAAAUAUAAAAAAACUUGGUGAACCCAUUGAAAACGAGGGAGUAGGGUUGAUAAUUAAUGUUACUGAUAUUCUUGAAUUGAACGACGUGCAACUGACCUUAGAUACCGACGAAAGUUACAAAUUACAAAUUUAUCAGAUCAAUGACAAAUUUACAAGUGUAAAAAUAACAGCAACGACUUAUUUUGGUGCUCGAAAUGGUUUGGAAACGUUGUCACAAUUGAUAGUAUUCGAUGAUUUGAGAGAUAAAAUACAAAUCAUUCAUGAUGCUUAUAUCGAGGAUAAACCAGUAUAUCCGUAUCGUGGCAUUUUGUUGGAUACUAGUCGUAAUUUCAUUAGCGUUGAAGCGAUCAAAAAGACCAUAGAAGCGAUGUCCAUGUCAAAGAUGAAUACUUUCCAUUGGCACAUCACCGAUACUCACAGUUUUCCAUACGAAGUUAAAAACUAUCCAUUGUUCACCAAAUACGGUUCCUAUGGCAAGGACAAAGUCUAUACGAAGGAGAACAUUAAAGAUAUCAUGAAGUUUGCUCUUUUACGUGGCGUACGUGUUUUACCGGAGUUCGAUGCACCUGCUCACGUUGGAGAAGGCUGGCAAUGGGUAGGUCAUAAUGCAACAGUAUGUUUCAAAGCAGAACCAUGGCAAAGUUACUGUGUCGAGCCACCAUGCGGUCAAUUAAAUCCAACCAGCGACAAGGUCUAUGAAAUGCUUGAAGGUAUUUACAAAGAAAUGUUGGAAGAUUUUCAUCCGGACAUCUUUCACAUGGGUGGUGACGAGGUCAACGUUAAUUGUUGGAACUCCAGCGAUGUCAUCAAGAACUGGAUGCUAGCCAAAGGCUGGAAUCUAUCAGAAUCGAAUUUCUACUUGCUCUGGGAUUAUUUCCAAGACAGAGCACUUGAAACGUUAACUUCUGCCAACGGAGGAAAAGAGAUUCCUGUUAUUAUUUGGACUAGUGGACUUACCAAUAAUGAGAAUAUCAAAUACUUGGAUCCUAAGAAGUAUAUCAUUCAAAUCUGGACCACUGGUACCGAUGACACUAUCGGUAGAUUGAUAAGCAACAACUUCAAAGUCAUUAUUUCUAAUUACGAUGCUCUCUAUCUCGAUUGCGGUUUUGGAGCAUGGGUUGGCGAAGGUAACAACUGGUGUACACCAUACAAAGGCUGGCAAUUAAUUUACGAUAAUUCCCCGAUGUCCAUUCUUAGGAAACAAGGUUUUGGUACAAAUAAAAAGCAAUUUGUAUUAGGUGGAGAGGUAACACUUUGGACCGAACAGGUCGACAGUGUUUCAGUUGAUUCAAGAUUAUGGCCAAGGUCAGCAGCUUUCGCGGAAAGACUUUGGUCCGAUCCUACUUCAACCUGGAUUCAUGCUGAACAUAGAAUAUUAAGACAAAGACAGAGAUUAGUUCAAAGAGGUAUCGGUGCUGACAGAUUGGAACCAGAAUGGUGUAUUCAGAAUCAAGGACAUUGUUAUCUAUAAAUUGCAAAUAAAUAAGAAAAUAUCUGUCUUAUCAAUAAGAUAAAUUAAUCGAUCCAAUUAGCAUAACAAUUGAUCUUUGAUUGUAACAAAUCGAACAUCUUUGUCCUACGAUUGUAAAAUUAAUAAUCAAGAAAAGAAAUAAUACUUCUUUUUACUAA